GAAAAAAAAAAGAAACAGGAAAUGAAAAGAAAAAUCAACGCUGACGAAGUCUUCCUCUUAUUCGAGAGUCGAGUCCCCAGACACUAGUUUGGACGGUGCAACAAUUAUAGGAGAAGCUAAUCCCAACACUAUUUUUCCAUGGCAAUUCUUCAAAUCCGUAGAAUUCAACACUCUAUCUACGCAGUACUUGUUUUUGUGCUUCAGUUUUCAUCGCUGCAGUUCCCCUCGCACGGGUACAAUGUCCCAGAUAAGUACUUCAUCAAUUGUGGGUCAGAUAGCAACGUUAGCGUAAAUGGCGUGGUUUACGUUGGUGAAUCAAACCCUAUAGCCCGUCUUAGCAGAAGAAGCAAGACAGAAAGCAAUGAGUCACAUGUACCUUCUCCUCUAUACCAAACAGCAAGAAUUUUUCGAAGUGAGUCUUGGUACGAGUUCAACAUCGGCACAAGUGGCACCUACCUGGUACGCCUCCAUUUCUUCUCUUUCUCAUCCCCGAGUAAUCUUUACUCAGCCAGGUUCAACGUUUCGGUUCCUAGGUUCUGGUUGUUGCAAAAUUUUGAUGCCAGAAAUGUUACUGAUAACAACCAUGCUCCGGUGAAAGAGUUUUUCAUCAAUAUCACAUCCCCCACCCCCAACUUCAGAAUUACUUUCAGACCUCUGCCAUCAUCAUUUGCGUUUGUCAAUGCCAUAGAACUCUUCCUACUCCCCCUCCAUUUGAUCGAUGAUGUAGUCGCGCGUUUUACUUAUAGUGGCAAUAACCGAGGCUUAGCUACUUUCAACGGUUUGUACUCUCGUGUGUUGGAAACCAAACUUAGGCUUAACGUUGGUGGCCAAAUUGUUAUCAACGAUAACUUGCUAAGAAAAUGGUCUCCAGAUGAUAGUUAUCUCGUUUAUCCAGAAAACGCCAAGGUUAGUUACCCUUUCUCAGGUCAAAUUGAGUAUCGUGUAGAAGAUGACUCCGAAGGUCCAAAUGCAAAUAAAUUUACGGCGCCAACUAAUGUGUACGGAACUGCUAAAGAGAUUAAAAACAUCUCUGCUGGUGCCGGAGACGCUAAACUUUUAAACAUAACAUGGCGACUUCCGGUGGAGAAGAACAUAGAUCAUCUCCUUCGGCUUCACUUCUGUGACUAUUUCAGUUCACAAAUUGAUCUUACAUUCUUCAUUCUGUCCAUUUACGACAUCAAUGUUAUGCCGAUAAAUAUUGACGGAAACGUGUAUAGCGAGUUGCCUGCUCCUUAUUAUUAUGAUUUUGUGGUGCACUCUGAUGACUCUGGAUUUAUGAGGGUCAGCGUAACACCUGUUGAAUCUGCUAAAAAAGUUGGUGCGUUUUUAAACGGGUUAGAAAUAAUGGAAAUCAUUGAGGCAUCAAAUUCUGUUCCCCCUGACCCGGCAGAAUCCGUUUCCAAGCAUAAGCGUCUUCCUGUGGUGCUGGGUUCAGUUAUUGGAGGUCUAAUCAUGGUUUUCGCUGGGGUAAUUGGAUUUCGUAAAAUAAGGAAGCAAAAGCCCGUUGAGAAUUCUGACUGGUUACCAAUUCUCGCUACUACAGGAGGAAGUUCUCAAUGUAGAUUGACCGAGGGAACCAGCCAAGGCUCUACUCUUCCCAACAUAAACCUUGGACUCAAAAUUCCAUUGCUCGAUCUUCAAUUGGCAACCAAUAACUUCCACGCAAGUCAGAUAAUUGGCGAGGGUGGUUUCGGCAUCGUCUACAAGGGGGUUCUCGAGAAUGGUAUGGUAGUGGCUGUCAAAAGAGGUGAACCCGGGUCGCUUCAAGGCCUUCCAGAAUUUCAGGCAGAGAUAAUGGUUCUGUCCCAGAUUCGUCACAGACACCUUGUUUCCUUAAUUGGGUAUUGUGACGACAGCUUUGAGAUGAUACUAGUUUAUGAGUACCUGGAAAAAGGGACACUCAGAGAGCAUUUGUUCAAUAAAAACUUGCCAAGAUUGUCUUGGAGGCAUAGGCUUGAAAUUUGCAUUGGAGCUGCCAGUGGUCUUAAUUACCUUCACAAUGGACCAGCUAGGGGAAUCAUUCACCGUGAUGUAAAGUCCACAAACAUAUUGCUUGAUGAAAACCAUGUAGCCAAAGUUGCUGACUUCGGCCUUUCAAGGACGGGUCCUCUUGAUCAUCAACAUUAUGUCACCACUGUUGUUAAAGGCUCUUUUGGGUAUCUUGAUCCUGAGUAUUUCAGGUCGCAGCAGCUCACAGAAAAAUCUGAUGUUUAUUCAUUUGGGGUAGUUCUCUUGGAAGUGUUGUGCGCAAGAGCAGUCAUUGAUCCAUCGCUUCCCACAGAGCAGAUAAACUUAGCUGAAUGGGGAAUGCUUUGCAAAAACAAGGGGAUACUCCAAGAGAUUGUUGAUCCUUCUAUCAAGGGCCAAAUAGAUCAAAACUCGCUCAAGAAAUUUAGUGAGACGGUAGAAAAAUGCUUGCAAGAAGAUGGUUCUGGUAGGCCAACCAUGGGUGAUGUGUUGUGGGACUUGGAGUAUGCACUGCAGCUACAGAGAGGUGCAAAUGGCAUACAUGGAGAAACGAAUGAGGAUAGUUCUAGUACUAGUAGUGCUUCUGCGUCACUUCAAUUACCCAAUGUUCGGUGUCUUCCUUCACUUUCUACGCUAAGUGAAGCUGAUGACUCCAUUAUCAGGGGUUUUCUCCCAGUUCGAAAUUGAUGACGCCAAAUAGAAGAUUAAGAUCUCCAAUGCACAAGGACAUAAUUAUUUCGUGCUGCCAAAUGUUUCUCUGCUUAGCAUAUCCAGGUCACGUUUGAGCAAUAUUUUUGUAAAAUCUUUUAAAAACUUAUAAUCACUUUCAGAGCUUAAAACCCAUCUUUAAUCACUUUUAUUAAGUUCAAGUUUACGUUUGAGCAAUAUUUAGAGUUUUAUGACUCCUAACAUCACUUAAUGAGGUGCCAAGAAAAAUCGUUUAAUGUCAUGAAUCUUCGAGAAAUAACCGA